GACGUCAUUCGUCGCUCCCGUACAUAUUCUGCCUCCCCUCCUCACUCUCAAUGGCGCCCAGAUAAAACACAACCGCGCCUUCGAGUGGGGCACCAAACCAAAUCCCCUUUCCUUCUUCGAGGAAAAGCGGUCUACCAUGUCGGCUAAAGCAGCACUCAAAGUAGCCAAGUCGGCCAUCGACGCAAAAAAGUGGGAUGAAGCGAAAGAGCAAGCAGAGACAGCGCUGGAAAGGGAUCCGCAAAACUACUUCGCAAAGCUCUUCCUUGGACGUGCAAACGAUGGUCUGGGGGAACUGGAGCAGGCCGCCGCUGCAUACAGCGACGCGACCAAGUUCAAGCCGGAAGAUCCUCAGGCGUGGUUGGGUCUGCGGGGUCUGUACGAGAAGCAGAAGGCAGCCAAGGUUGAUGAGAACACACAUGUCGGCUUGAAACUAGCAGAACUAUACGCAGAUUUGGACGAUGCGCACAAGGCCCAGACAGCCAUCGACAAGCUCGUCAACCAUGCCCGCGCCAAUGGCACAAAGCAACAGUAUGCUCAUGCACUCGCGACCCAACUCCCUAGUUCGCCCGUAUACUCCUACCUCGAGGGGCGCUUACAGAACCCCGCCCUCACAUACACACGCAUCGCCGAAAUACACGAGAAUGAGGAAGAGCAGACCAUUAAGCGCUUGAUUGCUGAUCGCAAAACUCGCAUCGGCGCCACCCUCGAGAGAACUACCAUGUCCGUCAAGAACGAAGUGUUUGGGGCAAGCCCGCUGGAGGAGUUAUAUCAGGGAAUAAUUGAUUGGACGAACGAUGAUGAGCUCAGAAGGAUUUAUGAAGAGAAGCUGCUACAGAGGGCGUAUGAUGCUCUACUUGCGCUUCCAGCGGGAGAGAAGGCGGAGAAGAGGGACAAAGUGAUGAAGCUCGCACAUGACAUGGUCAUCAUUAGGCAUCCGUUCCUACUCGCAUGGACAAUUGAGUUGGAAUGGAGACCGGGGCAGGAAGUCGAGGCGUAUUGA